AUGGACCCAGAUCGGGCCCAAGGAGAACCCAGAUCGAGUCCAGGGAGGAUCCAGAUCGGGGCCCCACGCCUCCUCCUCCCUCUCCAUCGUCGGCACCGCCUGGAGGUUCUGAAGCGCGCCCGCGUCGCACAGCAGACGGCCGUUGCGCCAGGAUCUCCUCCAAGGAUGCACUCCGGGGCCGCCGCGGCCGACGCCAUGGCACGCGCCUUCACCCCAACCAGCACCGACGAGCCACUCCGCUCCCGCUCCUCUGCCUCCCCGCCAGGCUCCGCCACUCCUCCACGCCUCCCGGUCGUGCUCCGGCGAGCUCCUCCGACUCCACGCACCCACGCCACACGCGCCGCCCGGAGACGUCUCCCCCCGCCCCGCGCGCGAGAGGAACCCGUCGGGCGCGCCGACCCUGCCCGCCGCCUUCGACGGCCGGGCGCGGCCGCCACCGCCGGCGCCGGCGGCGACAGCGGCCGGGGGAGUAGAUCGUGGGAGGCCUCUUUUAGGGUUUUCGGGAGCUCCCGCGCGAGCCGCCCGAGAGCUGUCUAA